CAACUCCAGCGCAAUCUAACGAAAACGUGUGACUAAAAGAUUAUUUCAAUCUUUUGAACAGUUCAAAAAAAUCAAAUUAAGGAUUUCAGUUAUGGAGGGUUAUUUUCUGUAUAUCGCUAACCAUCUGGAGAAUAUUCGACUAACCGACAGUCGGUCUUCUCUUCCAAAUAAGACAAUACACGAAUUGAAGACAUGGGAUCUUUGGCGCGCUGUACUGGCAGAAUUUGUGGCCACAGUUUUGUUUGUAUUUAUUGGAACAAUGUCGGCUUCAUAUGGUGGUUAUGAUUACACCAGGAUUGCGUUCACAUUUGGACUUAUGAUAGCUGUAUGUAUUCAAAUGUUUGGUCACGUGUCCGGCGGUCACAUGAAUCCGGCUGUUUCAUUGGCUAUGGCGGUUGCAACGAAGAUAUCACCUUCACGCGCUAUUGUUUACAUAAAAGCACAGUGCGCAGGUGGAAUAUUAGGAUCACUUCUCUUAAAAUGGGUGUUACCGUCUAGAUUUCAUGAAAAUCUUGGUAUGACGACAUUGUACAGUGAACUCUCAGAAGGUCAAGGACUUGUAUGUGAGAUAGUUUUCACAUUCAUCCUAGUUAUGUCCAUAUUUGGAACAACUGAUCCGAAUAGAGCACUGUUUGGGAGUCCUGCUCUUGGUAUAGGCUUCACUGUCGCAGUUGUUCAUCUGGCAGCAAUUCCUUUCACAGGAGCGAGCAUGAAUCCAGCGCGUUCAUUUGCGUCUUCUGCAGUUUCAACUGGUGACAACGCAUUCGAUAAUCAUUGGAUAUAUUGGGUUGGGCCAAUCAUCGGAGGAGUGGCAGCAGCUAUUGUGUACAAGUUUCUGUUUAGUCCAUACAGGGGAAAAAUGACAGUUGCUGAGGCUACAACAAAAAUGAUGGAGUCGAAUGACAUGAUUGUUAUUCCAAGGUCGUAUUUUAAAGAUCAUCCAAGUUCUGGAAAUGAAGAGAAAAUGUACCAGUCACUUCAAUUGUAAACAAGAUAUAUCGAAAAUUGUGUUAUGACUUCAAGAUAAAUAAUUGCAUCAGAUAAUGAUGACCAAAGUUUUAACCAAAGAAAAAUAUUAUUUCUCCUGUUAGAUGCAAUUAUGUAGUUAUUAAAUAAAGCAAUUAA